AUGAAGAUACCUCUACGAUUUCAAGACGAAGAAGAUUUUCCAACAAUGGAGUCAACAAGCCCAGCAGCAAUCAACCUCUCCACGUACUUGCCCAAAAUAUCAACCUCCAAAUUCACCUUGUCCCCGACUCUUUUCAAGGGGAUGACAAUCUUCUGCUGCGUUCAGGCUAGUCCCAUCAACGGCCACAAAGCCCUUGGGCACGAUGUACCUCAAAAGAUCCUUCCUUUCGACCUUCACCUUCACCCACAGGGAAUCGCCCUCGGCCGUCAUGCCCACGAUCUGACCUGUCCCGUCCACGUGGCCCUGCACAAAGUGGCCGCCCAUUCGAGUGGUCGGGCUCACGGCCCGCUCCAGGUUGACCGGGCUUCCGAUCCCCAGUUCUCCCAGGUUAGUUUUCCGCAGGGCGAUAGGCCGACCGAAAACUCUGACGAGGCCGUGUCGAAUUCAGUGACGGUCAAGCAGGUGCCGUUGACCGAGAUGCUGUCGCCGAGGUGGACGCCUUCUAGAACGGUUUUGGCCCCGAUUUUCAUGGUGAAGCUAUCGUCGUUGUUGUCCAGCCGCUUGACGGUGCCCAUUUCCUCGACGAUGCCGGUGAAGAGGGCCGUGAUUGUGCUUUUUGCGUUUCUGGAGUUGGAUUUAGGGUUUUUGAGGGGUUUGGGGGCUAAUUGUUUCGGCAGGCGGAGGCGAUUGGAGGAGGAGAGGAAGGAGAUGCCUCACCACCCCGGCAGCCCGUCACCACCAUUGCCUGACACCACCUUGGCGCCGCCCGGCCCGUCACCACCCCGGCACCCCGUCAUCACCCCAGUGCUCCGACUCCACCCGACACCUCGUCACCACCGCGAUGCUCCGACUCCACCGGCGCCUCGUCACCUCCCGGCGCUCCAUCUCCACUCCGGCGCCCCGUCACCACCCCGGUGCUCCGACUCCACCCCAGGGCCCCUCACCUCCAGACUCCACCCCGGUCGGAGACCUGGUCACUAA